AUCGUUUCAUUGAUUAAACGAUCUCAGGUUGCCAUCCUUAUUCUGAUCCGCAUUCAUGACAAGUCUCGGAGUGUUUGACGAUAAAUAAUUUUGUUGAUAAAAUAAUUACAAAAAUCGAUUAAUUCUCGUAUAGUUGUAAUAAAUUUUCCUAGGACAUGUGUUUUUGGUCGCGUUAAUUGAAUAGUUGUUGUAACAAAUUACAAGUAAUCAACAAAUUGAUUAACAUUGCAUAAUGGCUCAUAAGGAGGAUGAACAAUUUCAGGAAGACGAUGUUUAUAUCAACCCAGAAGAUGGCAUGCCCAAUGUUCACCCUAACAUUGCUAAUUUAGAACAAGAAAGUGAUGACCCCGACGAAGUGGACGACUUUGAUGACUUACCUAAAUCAGUAAUCGUUACAAAUAUCCAUAGCGACGUUUUCGGUGACGAGAAGCUAAAGAAGGACAUGGAAGACCUCUUUCGUACGUUCUCAGAUAACACUACCUUUCAAUGGCUACGUAGUUUCAGACGCUUGAGAGUGAAUUAUGACAGUCCGUUGGCGGCGGCUAACGCUAGAGUUCAGCUUCACCAAUAUCAAUUCCAUAACUCUUGUAUAAAUUGUUAUUUCACACAGCCAGUAACACCAGUGUCAUUUAAAAACUUGCGACCGCCAGCGCCAGUGAAACAGUUUCUUAUUUCUCCACCAUCAAGCCCUCCAGUUGGAUGGGAGCCAAGGGAAGAAGGUGAACCACUAGUGAACCAUGACCUUUUGGCGGCAUUAGCAAAUUUGUCACCAGGUGAGAGCCAUGAACUCCAUGCGCCAACUCCUACCCAGCCAGCCAUAAUUGUUCAUACUGCCUUGCCUGCAGAAAAUGGCCCCUCAACACAUGGUCACACUAUUGUCCAUACACGCUGUCCGGAUUAUUGAUAUGCCAUUUUGAUAAAUUAGUGUUUGUGAAAAAUUUAAGCAGCUGUGAGAGCUUUUUAUUUAACAUGUCAAUUUGGUCAUCUGUGAUGCCACGGACAUCAGUAAAAGUUUUAAACCAAAAUAAUUUAUUUUGCAGAACAAUGCAAUGUUUUUAGGCUUUCAGUAGAUUGUGCAUUUAAUUUUAUUUAUAUAUU